GCAAGUGGCACGUAUAAAUAGAGCCUCUGUGAGGAUUGCGUUGAGAAAGUUCCAUGGUGGAUUGGCAGUUCGGACCAUCUCUCCGAUCCCAGGACAUUUCUCACGAUGGUUGGCGAGCUCCACGUCCCGGUGGUGGACACCAAGGCGCUAGUCAGCAGCAUUUCGCAGAAGAAGACUACGGUUGCUAUUGAGGCUGUCGAGGAUGCGAUGAUAGCAACGGUCACCCAAGUGAACACCGCUGUGAAGACCACGAGCGACAUGGCAUCGCAAGUGCUCAAGGACCCGAUGUUUGGCGCUGGCGGUGAGCUAUCUGGGCUCACCGCCGAGGCUGUUACAAAGCUGGCGCCGUCGCUCAAAGUAGUGCAGCAAGUGACUUCCGCAUUAACUGCUGUGGCGUCUACCCAUCCUGUCAUCGGCAUCGUUGUGUCUUGCCUCACGGCUUUGUUCAAAUUGGAACUGCAAAGACGGCAGAACAAUGCGAAGGCGAUUACCUUGUGUAAUCAAGUCGCGGACACCGUUUCCAUCCUCAAGGACCUGAAGAAGGUUGAGGACGAGAGUGGUUUGAAGAAAGUCUUGCAGAUUAUCGCAGAUCACAUCAAGCAAUGCGAAGAAUUUUUGACUCUUUACACCACCAAAGGGACCAUGCUCCGCAUUCUCAAGUCUAUGUCAUACAAUGACAAGAUGAAGAGUCUGGCGGUGACGUUCGACAACGACAAGAAGCUGCUAUCGGAGACAUUGGGCCGUGUUGCGGUGCUUGGGAUUGACGAAGCCAAUAAGAAGCUCGACAGCCAAGACCAGAAGCUGGACGAUAUCCUCGCCAUUCUGGGGAAGCGGUCCCCAGAAGAGAUUGCAGCAAACAAGUUCGCGGAACGUCACGAAGUGAAGUUGACGGACGUUGCUGAGUCCGAAAAUCUGCUGAGAAGGCUCGCGGUCGAGAUGAAUGACAACACUACAAACAUCCGACAACUCCGAAGCGAGCUGGGCGCAUCGGUAGACGAGCUCCUGGAGAGAAACCGCGCGGACUUCAUGACCGCGUUCGAUUCGCAAACACAGCUCAUCACUGAAGGGAUCGAUAAGAUCCUUACGGCCGUCGAGGCGGGACCUUGGCAGAAAAUUGAACACACCGACAUGCAGGCUCUCUGGCGCCAGGAGCGUUGGAAAGGAAGCGUGCCUCGCCAUGUGUUCAUGGAGGCCCUGAGCGGAUUCUAUGAGGAUUUCUUCACUCGAUACCCAACCGCCGCUGGUGCGAUCUGCGCAAGAUGGAUUACCUCUCAGCACUGGGCAGCGAUGGCGGAAUGUGUUGAUGUUGAUGAAAGUGGUUACAUCGGUAUCAAAGAAUUGAACCUCUUCACUUCCGCCCUCCCUUCCGGCUGGACGCUUCCAUCGUGGUUCGCUUACGCAGGCGUUGGAGAUAAGAUCAGGAUUCUGCAUGAUUUUCAGAUGGCCGAACAGCUCAUGAACAAACUGGAUGAACACGCGAAGAAAGGAGGAAUAAAUGCCGGAAACCUGGAACGAUUCGUCAAGAAGAUCGACAAGAACCUCUGGGCGGUUGGGAGGCUUUGGUGCUGGAGCUUGGGGAAGGAGUUCGUGUUACCGGACGAGAAGGAGGGGUGGGAAGACUCGUCUAGCAGUUCCGAGGAUGGGACGCUGAACGAAGGGGAAGGCGGUGACGCUGACGCUGACGCUGAUUCAGACGAGUAUUCUGACGACGAUUUGGACAAUAUGGAGCCCCAAGAAGCAGAAGAAGACGAUAUUUGUCUCAAGGAUCAGGCACAUGGAUGGGCAAUUACUUCCGAACAGUAUCUGGCUGUACGCGGAAACGACCCCGUAGACACGCAUUAUGGGAGCUUGAAUGCUAUCAUCAAGAUCGUUGUUCAGCAGCUCCAUGACGAAGUCACCGCCGAACCAGAACGUCUGAUUCCCACGUCGCACUUCCUCGCCAUGCGGAAGACCUUGAAAACAGUUUUCGGACAAUAUCGAACCCAGGCAGGCCUUAUCUAUCACCAGUGGUGUAAUCAACGCAAGGACCCGCUGUUUGAAGUGCGAUUUUACUGCAACGGACUGUUUAGAGAGUGGAUCAGCCGAUGUCACCGAGAGAACGCCAUUUAUGUCGGCCCCGACAACGAGGAGGAAACAAACGAAGAGGAAACGAACGAGGAGGACGCUGCGGCUCCUGAGCAAGUGAAAAACACUGCCGGAGCCAAAAUGGACCAAGCAGCUGCCGCUUCUGUCAAGAAACAGGUCACUGUCGUGGCUCCAGGUGAUCCGCAAGUUACAACACCGCAAAAUCUGGAGGCCUCUGGAAGCGUUUUGAGGACGAAAGCAUCGGGAAUCCACUUGAACGCCGAAGGCAUGACGGACUAUAUCCCCGGAUACACCCUGAAGCCGAAAGCCUCUGUUGCGCGAAUCCGAGACGUCGAACGUCUUCAAAGCGAAACGCACCAACUCUCGACUCGCCUCGAGCGAAUUGAGCACUUGCUGCAUGAUAUUGCACAGGACUGGCGAAAGGUCCCCCAGCAAGAACAGGCGCGAGACCUACCCGCCAUCGUCCGAAAACAUAGCGUGAAGAAGAACAAGGGGUUCAAAUGGUUCAAAUGAUAAUUCCGUCUGCAUGUAGCUGCUGACCUGUCAUGUAGAUAUAGAGUGGAAGAGUCGAUCGGCGUAUGAACUUGAAGGAAGUGUCUGGACAUUUUUUUUUGUUCUCCA